UUAAAGACCUACUCGGUGUGCGAGCAGAUUUGUAGCUGUAUAGUGAGAGUUACUUGCAGAUGAGACACAGGAUGGUUGCGGUUUUGGAAGCUGCUUUGCAUCAGAUUCGGGGGCUGACUUCACGGUAGCUUUUGCCCCUCGGGGGAAGACGAACCACUCGGUCCCGGGCUGCCGGGGUCUCGGCCCCCGACAUCGGAGCGUCGCCAGUGCCUCCGGGGGGGAGCGGGCUGGCUUGGCCGGCCGCCCGCUCUCGCUGGCCGGGGAGCGGAGGCUGCGGGGGUGCCGAGCGAGCCGCGGAGCGGGAGCCGGGCCGGGCCGGGCCCCGCGCCGCAGGUGGAGGCGCCCGGGCGCCUCCGGCCGGGGCCGGGCUGCGGCGGGCGGGGGCGGCCCGCUGCCAGCAGCCUGUAGGACCUUGGCUGAGGCGCGGCGGUGGGCUGGAGCCUGGCGUGAGGGAGGGGCCGCCGCUCGCGGGGCAGGAUGCUGCAUCCCCCGUGCCGUGACAGCCGAGGCUCCGCCGUGCGCCGGCCGUGCCCGGCCCGCUCCCCGCCGCCCGCACGGCCCCGCGCCUCGCUCCGCCAGCAGAGCCCCAAGGCAUGAGGAUGGCCAGCCCUAAAGCCUCUGCGCUGUCCUGGGAGAUCACUUGGCUUGCUUUUGCUCUCUAUGCUCACCUACAGACAAGAGCAGAGCAGUCACAAGGUGCAUACUUCUUGCCCGAGUUUGCACUUUCUCCACAGGGGAGUUUUCUUGAGGAUACCACGGGGGAACAGUUCCUCACUUACCGCUAUGAUGACCAGAGCUCCAGAACAACCCGCUCAGAUGAAGACAAGGAUGAUUCCUGGGAUGCCUGGGGGGCCUGGAGUGAUUGCUCACGGACCUGUGGAGGGGGAGCCUCCUACUCUCUGAGGAGAUGCUUAAAUGGCAGGAACUGCGAAGGUCGGAAUAUUCGAUAUAAAACCUGCAGUAGUAAUGACUGCCCUUCAGAUGUUGGUGACUUUAGAGCACAGCAGUGUUCUGCCUACAAUGAUGUCAAAUACCAGGGGCACUUUUACGAGUGGAUCCCUGUGUACAAUGAUCCUGCUGCACCUUGUGCCCUGAAAUGUCAAGCUCUGGGGAAGAACCUGGUUGUGGAGCUUGCCCCAAAAGUGCUAGAUGGUACUCGUUGCAACACUGAAUCCUUGGAUAUGUGCAUCAGUGGGAUUUGCCAGGCAGUGGGCUGUGAUCGACAACUUGGGAGCAAUGCCAAGGAAGACAACUGUGGAAUCUGUGCAGGAGAUGGCUCAACAUGCAGGCUUGUGAGGGGACAAGCUAAGGCACAUGUCUCACCAGAAAAAAGGGAAGAAACUGUGAUUGCUGUACCACAUGGGAGUCGCAGUGUGAGAAUUACCCUGAAAGGACCAGCACACCUUGUUAUAGAGUCAAAAACACUACAAGGAGAAAAGGGAGAGCACAGUUUCAAUGCUCCUGGAACAUUUGUCAUUGAAAAUACAACUGUUGAAUUUCAGAAGAGCACAGACAGGGAAAUCAUAAAGAUCCAGGGGCCUCUUGGAGCAGAUUUCAUUAUCAAGACCAGGUACUCUGGAUCAAAAGAGAGUGUGGUUCAGUUCUUCUUCUAUCAACCCAUCAGUCAUCAGUGGAGACAAACAGAGUUCUUCCCCUGCACAGUGACAUGUGGAGGAGGUUAUCAGCUCAAUUCAGCUGAGUGCGUGGACAUUCGUCUGAAGCGUGUUGUUCCUGACCACUACUGCCAUUAUCAUCCAGAAAACAAGAAACCAAAGCCCAAGCUGAAAGAAUGCAACAUGGAUCCCUGCCCUUCCAGUGAUGGAUUUAAAGAAAUCAUGCCCUAUGAUCACUUCCAGCCACUUCCUCGGUGGGAACAUAACCCGUGGACUGCAUGUUCAGUUUCCUGUGGAGGUGGUAUUCAGAGGAGAAGUUUUGUGUGUGUAGAGGAGACCAUCCAUGGAGAGAUACUGCAAGUGGAGGAAUGGAAAUGCAUGUAUGCCCCAAAGCCCAAAGUCAUUCAGACCUGCAAUCUGUUUGAUUGUCCUAAAUGGGUGGCAAUGGAGUGGUCUCAAUGCACGGUGACCUGCGGCCGGGGGCUGCGCUACCGCGUGGUGCUGUGCAUCGACCACCGCGGGCAGCACGUCGGGGGCUGCAACCCACAGCUCAAACUGCACAUAAAGGAGGAGUGCAUCGUGCCAGUGCCCUGCUACAAGCCAAAAGAAAAAAGUCCUGUGGAAGCAAAAUUGCCAUGGUUUAAACAGGCCCAUGAAAUGGAAGAGACUGUCACAGUCUCAGAAGAGCCAACGUUUAUUCCUGAGCCCUGGUCUCCAUGCAGUGCCACGUGUGGCAGCGGCAUCCAGGUGCGGGACGUGAAGUGCCGGAUCCUUCUCGCGUUUACUCAGACCGAGGUUGAGCUGCCCGAGGAGGAAUGUGAGGGUGAGAGGCCACCCACAGAGCGAGUCUGUCACCAGGCAUCCUGUGACAGUGAUCCCGUCCCCGACACGCCUGAAUUUCCUCAUGCUGAAGAUGGCACUGUGAUUUAUGACUGGGAAUAUAUUGGGUUCACUCCGUGUUCAGCCACAUGCCUUGGAGGGACACAGGAAGCCAUUGCCAUGUGUCUGCACGUAGACACAAAACAAGGUGUCAGUGAAACCCUGUGUGACAAUUCCAAGAGGCCGCCCCCGAUGACUCGGACCUGCAACACGGAGCUCUGCCCGCCGAGGUGGCAGAGCGGCGCCUGGAGCCGCUGCUCGGCGAGCUGCGGGGUGGGGAUCCAGAGCCGCGCCGUGUCCUGCCAGCAGCCCGGGGCUGCUGCUGCUGCUGCCCACCUGUGCAAGGACCCCAAGCCUCAUUCUCUACAGGCCUGCAACCAGAUUGAUUGUCCCCCUGCUUGGCACGCUGAGGAAUGGCAACAGUGUUCACGUACCUGUGGAGGGGGGAUUCAGACCCGCAGAGUGUCCUGUAAGCAGCUGCUGACAGAUGGAAGUUUCCUGAAACACCCUGAUGACACCUGCCAGGAACCCAAAUUGCCAACUACUAAAGCAUGUGCAAAAGUUGAUUGUCCUCCCCAGCUGGUCUUUGGAGAAUGGUCCAAGUGCUCAGUAAGCUGUGGUGUUGGAAUCCAGAGAAGGAAACUUGCCUGCCAAAACCUAACAGCAAAGGGCCAAUAUGUCACAUUAAAUGGAUCGAUGUGCAGUGCUCUGUCUCCUUCACUGCUUGUAAGGUCUUGUCAGAUGAAUGCCUGCAACAAGAUCAAGCCCAAGCUUCCAGCAAAGUUUUCUGCCCACGGACCUCAGAUUGUCAGCAUUCACCGAGUUUAUAUUCAGACACGGCCAGAGAAGCGCAUUAAUUUUACCAUAGGAAGCCGAGCCUACUUACUCCCAAAAACAUCUGUGGUAAUUAAGUGCCCCGUGCGAAGGUUCCAGAAGUCCCUUAUCCGCUGGGAGAAAGAUGGACAGCACUUACAAAACUCCAAAAGGCUUGGCAUCACUAAGUCAGGCUCGCUGAAAAUCCACUGUCUGGAAGCUGCGGAUAUCGGCGUGUACCGGUGCAUUGCAGGCUCCGCACAUGAAACCUUUGUGCUCAAGCUCAUCGGGACUGACAACAGGCUCAUCGAGCCCCUGCCCCCUCCAAAGCAGCCCAGCCAGACCAGAGACCCAGAUCACAACGAGGCCAACAGCCUCGGGGCCAAGUGGCACAAGAUGAGCAAAAUGUGGCAAAUGUGGAGCAAGAAGAACGAGCUCUACCUGGGUGACAGGCAAGUCAGCGAUCAGCCGUUCCUGCGGAGCCUUGGGAGCUUCGGGAGCAAUUCAGCAGAAGACUUCAGCUCUCGAGAGUUCAGGAACAAGCGCCUGGAGGCUGCAGUUCUCCAGGGUGCCUACAGCAUGGACACCGCUCAGUUUGAGGAGCUCAUGAGCAACAUGAGCCAGCUCAUUGAAACUGGAGAAGUCAGCGAUGACCUGGCAUCCCAGCUCAUCUACCAGCUGAUUGCUGAAUUAUCCAGGCAUCCACAGCCAGCUGCUGAAAAGUGGAAGGGGGCCCAGGAUGAGAAAGUUUCCUCGAAACUCCCAAGCAAAUCACCAAACGAAUCCGAACGCUUCAGCACAAAAACGGUCGAUAAGUUAAUGUUUGACCAGAAGGUUCCAGUUAUUAUGAGGCAAAAGGAAAUUCCUCAAGUUUCCUUCAACAAAACAGUAACUGUACGAAUUGGAAAUACAGUUUUUCUGACCAAGAAUACUCAUGUUGUCAAUCUACUGUGUGAAACAGCUGGUAUGAGUGAAGUGAAAUAUACUUGGACAAAAGAUGGCGAGACAUUAAAAGCCUCUGCAAAGGUGAUCCUGGACACCACUGGAAAAGUGCAGAUUCGGAAUCCUACUCAAAGGGAUCUUGGUACCUAUGGAUGCCUGGUUGUUAAUGACUCUGGUUUUGACAUGGAAACAUCACUGCUGUUGCGUGCAGAGGUGCCUGUCAUCUUGUCCUCUGUGUUAAAUAUGACAAAUCUGGAAGCCAGCAGUUUCUCAACAGUUGUUGGAGGUACAAUCGUGGCAAGAAUCGGAGCAAAUAUUUUGAUUGAAUGUCCAGUGAAAGGUGUUCCCAAACCAAAUGUAACAUGGCUGAAGAAGAAGGAUGUUUUGCAAAUCAAUUCUUCCUUGGUUUUGAAUGGCUCUUUAUUUCUGAGGAAUGUUUCCCACCGAGAUGCAGGAACAUACACUUGCAGAGCAGCUAAUGCUCUCGGAAAAGCUGAGGCUGCAUCAGUUCUCCACAUAACUGAACAAAGACUUACAGAGAAUAACACUCAGUUAUUGAAGGGAAGCAGAAGGAAGCGUGUCCUGAUGGCAUCUGGGAUUGGUACAAAUGUCACUGUGGCACCUGGAGAUCCACUAAGAAUAGGUUGCCCAGUGCUGCCCAGUCACAGGAAUACAGUCCAGUGGCUCUUUGGAGACAGCCCAGUUGAGGAAGUUCAGACCCUGGAAUACAGAACCCUGGUUGGGGGUCGUAUCCUAGAGGUGAACACCAACUCUGGUCAAUUUGCUGGACAAUUCCAAUGUCGGACUUCAGCUAGUGCAAAACUAAUGUCAGUUUGGGUAAAUGUCAAGAAGGAAGGUUACACCUGGGAAUAUGCAGAGUGGAGUCCUUGCUCUGCCACCUGUGGGCAUUCAGGAACCAGCUCCAGGAGCCUGCAGUGCAUGAACACAGAGAAACAGAAAGUAAAUGAGUCCCAAUGCAGAGAGCUGCAAAAACCAGGGAUUGUUUACCAGCCCUGCAACAGAGAGGACUGCCCUCCGAGGUGGGUAGCUGGGCCAUGGUCCGAGUGCUCUGCAUCCUGUGGCAGUGGAUUUCGGCACCGACAGCUGUCCUGCCACCAGGCCAUGGCCAAUGGCAGCACCCUGGCCCUGCUGCCAGGAGCCUGCACAGCCAGGGACAGGCCUGCAGCAAGGAAACCCUGCCUGGGGCAGCCCUGUCCCCUGGGGCCAGCACAGGCCACCACACAGUGCUCUGGCCGCUGUGUUGGCCGUCCUGCAGGUUCACAGCACCCUGAGUUUAUAUGUCAGCUCCAGAACGGGUCUUCAGUGCCAAACUCUUCUUGUGAUGAAAGAAAGAGCCCUCCUGCCAGAAGGAACUGUUCUCCAGAGGGGUGUGAUGUGUACUGGCGGCCAGGCCCCUGGAGGCCCUGCAGUGUGGGCUGUGGGACUGGCUUCCAGUCCAGACGAGUGUCCUGCAUGCACAGGCAGAGCAACAAACCCGUGGCUGAGCAGUUCUGCAGAGGGAGGAAGAGACCGGUGACCUGGCAGCACUGCAAUGUCACAUCCUGUGGCAAGGGCGAAUGCAAGGAUACAACUCACUACUGUACAUUUGUAAAGCAACUAAAGUUAUGCUUGAUAGACACCUACAAACAAAGAUGUUGUCAAUCAUGCCAGGAAAUGUAAGUCCUCUAUGGCAAGUUCAUGAUGCUGCAGUGGAGAUGAGAAGAGUGGUUCAUUAAACUAACCUGCCUGAAGUAUAUUCUUGUAAAUGAGACAUCAGUUGUAACAGUUAAAUGGCAACGUGGGGCUAAUGAAAACACAGUAUUGUGGAUUGAUGUGCUGGAUAAGGUGUUGUUUCUGGGAGCUUUCAUUUUUCAUUCUGUGCAAUGGCACUUUUAAUGCUUUAAACACAGAUGGAUUAGCAAGAUAAUAUUAUGGCAUAUCAUCAGUAAAAUUUUGCAGGCUAUAAUUUAUAAUUUUAUCUGUGAAAAAAACAUUACCUAAAAGCAACAAAUACUGAUUACUGCCCUUAACUUAUGAGGAAGAGUAACAAAAAUACUUCAGAAACUUUUGGAAAUGCAGCAAAUAUUGAUUCCCAGGAUUUUGGUUUGGGUUAUUUUUUUGGGUUUUUUUUUAAUCGUAUUUAACACCAUUUUUAAAUUUACAGAAGCUGUGGCUUGUAGCUGUAAAAUUUUGGCAGCAGCUUCAUUUUCACAAACAGCUUGAGCUUAAGGGUUGAUCUCACAGGAUAUGCUUUACGGAUACUAGCUCUCAGAUGGAUACACAGAAGUACAUUGAAUUUUUCCUGCUUGUAUUUCUGUGUAUGCAGUAAGAAGCUACAGAUCCUAGCACAAUUUUCAAAGCAGCAAUAGAUUUCUUUUGAAUAAAUGAGGUGUCAUUUUUUAUUGUUUCUAUUCUAAUUCCAGUCUCUGAAGUACAAUCAAAGUUCUGGCACGGUUAUACUUUUGUAGUGAUAUUAAAUGGAACAGAAGCUUCCUUAUCAGAGCUGUGAACAAACACUUGUGAGCACUGUUCUCUUGCACAUCAAGUCAAAUGAGGAGCCAGUAACUGGCCAAAAUACCUGUCAGAUUUCUUGUCUUGAAUAAUCAUUCUAUUUUUCUCCAUCAAUGGGGAAAAAUGUCCAAGGAAGAAUUAUUAAUUGUGAAGAUAGACAAGUGCAAGGAAUCUAUUUUGAGGAUUUUUCUACCAUGAUGAUUUUUCCAUCAUGACCAUUAACCAUCUGAGUCAUUUGCAAGUUGAUAAAUUCUUACAAUCAUAUUCCUGAGUAAAUUAUCUUCCGUAUUUCAGAUUGUCUGACUAGGGCUUUAAGCAGAGAGUACCCCACAUGAUGCAGAAAGUAGAUGUUUUUUCCUUUUGUAGUUUCCAAGCUACUGCUGAUAUUGGAGGCCUGAAUGCUCACUUUGACUUGCCUCUUGGGUUCCAUCUCUGACCUGUGUGACGAGCAGAGGGCUGGGAGUGCUGUGGGGGCAGCUCAGACACAGCAUCCUGCACAGAGGGUUUGCAUCACUGAGAAUUAGGGUAGCACUACUGUAUAGAAAAUGUUUAGGGUGGACUAUCGUGUCCAAGGCUGACUGCAAGGAGAGGAUAUUCCUGAUCAUUACCUUUUUCAUCAGCAAUGGGUCUUGAUUGUUUAAGCAGUUUUUUAAAUUAAACAUUUGUAAGAUACUUUUGUAGAUAUUUAUUGUCUGAUUUAAAAGUGCAAUAUUUUUUUUUGUACAGUGUUUAAUAAAGAUUUUUGGACAUAUAUUUUUUCUUAUUACCAAAAUUUCUUAUUCAUGUUUUCCCUUUAUAUUUAAAGUUUUGAAAUGUUAACACAUAGCAUUUUUGUUGUGUUAACUUUGGUUAAGUAUGCAUGCUAUACUGAAGCAGUGCUGUAAAUGUUUGUGAUUGCAAUUGGCAUGACAUUCCUCUGUAGAUUAUUUUAUUGCUUCUCCAGUACCUGAAGAUUCUAGCUUCUUGAACGUAGUUUUGAUUUUUCUGAAAUAAAGUAUAAUUUGAUUAUUCAC